GAAGAAGAGUGUCAUUAUUAUUAUUAACGAGCUACAGUGAGCCACAGUAACAUCUUCCAAUAUGAAAUAGCUAGUGAACCAGUUUGGCUUUAUGUUACUGGCUUCAGAAGAACCAAAUGUGGAGGUUAAACAAAGUUCGCCACAAAGCUGGUCGACAAGGCGACAGUUUGGAGGAGCUAAGGUUAAAGAGACGAGAUCACGAAAAAGCAUUGAGACAGGCCCGCAGAGACAGACAGCUGGUGAGCAGGAGGCUCCUGCUGAGUGAAGAUGAGGACCAGCCAGAUGUCUUCAUGGACACUGCUCCAGGAGAACAGGACGUUGUCUGUCUGUUCCAAAAACUUAAGCACAGCGGGCCAGAGAGGGAGGCCCAGCUGAAAGCCUUGAGCAAAGCUCUCCGUGACCCAUCAGCACGUCUCACCUUUCUCAAGCAGGAGAACGGCAUGCACCUGCUGGUCAGUCUUCUCACUGGCUCCAAUGCACAGUGGCGUCUGCAGGCUGGUCGGUGUCUUCAUGAGCUGUCUCUUUCCGCCCACACCAGCGUGGCCGCAGCCUGUCUGCCUGCCACUACCUACCUGCUCACCUACCUGUCCGGACAGAGCACCAAGUUCACUGAGCUGUGUCUCUACACACUGGGUAACUUAUGUCCAGACAGUGCUGUACAAGACAAACUCCUGGCCCAGGGAAUCAUACCAGCUCUGGCCAGCUGUAUAGAGAACCAGAGACAUAAUCUAGCGGUUGUUGAAGCGGUGGGGUUCACCCUCUCUCAGCUUCUCCAGGCCAAAGAUGCAGCAGAGAAAAUAAUCCCUAUGGUCCUGGCCUCCAGCUUACCUUCACACUUGUUAUCAGUCCUGACUCCUGAUCCAAAUUUUGGCCUGGCACCUGCUAUUGAGUGUGCGUGGUGUCUACACUACUUAACAUGCAGUAUUGUGGAUAAACGAGAGCUGCUAGCUCAUGGAGCCCUGUCACAGUGCAGUUCACUGUUAGUGUCACUAGGUGAUGCUAUCGCUGUAGGAAACAAAGAAGAAGGAAUUGAGUUGCUUGUCUGUCCUCUGCUGCGGUGCGUAGGGAACCUUCUGGCCUCCUGCCCAGUGGGAGACCUGAAUACUCAAGUGUGUGACGUUCACCUUGUGGUUGCUCUGUGCGCACUUAUCCAGGCCUACCUACAGACUCGGCCAGCCUUGGCCAGAGAGAGUGCCUGGGUCCUCAACAACCUGACAGCUCACUCCAGUGAUUUCUGCUCUGCUCUCCUCUCCUUCAACUUGGUCCCUGGACUGAUCCAGCUUCUGCCUUUCUCUCAAGGCAUCAAUACAUUGAUCCUCAGGGUUCUUGCAAAUGUUUCCCACAAGAAAAAGUUCUGUGUCCAGCUGGGCCAGCUUGGAUUACUGUCUGCACUCUGUGCCACGCUUAAAAUGACCGACCAAGAAAUGGUGACCCUGAGUCUGGACAUCCUCUUCAUGUUGGUAUCUAGCACGCCACAGUUGGCUGAAGAGUUUGAGAGGCAAGGUGGAUUGUCACUGUUAGAAGCCAUUCAGUACAACAGUGAAGGAGAGAUGAGGCGAAGAGCAACAUACCUGCUGGAGCACCACCUACUGUUACUCUAACCAUACUUCACAGUGAAGACAUCUGUAUAGUUUUGUCCUCUGGUGAAUCUGUGGUAAUCAAGAAAUCAAAAAAUGAGUUAUUUGAUCUGUUGUGCUGCAGGUGACCAACACACCAGGACACAGUGUGUCUUUAAACAAUGCCACAGAAACUAAUGCCUGGAUAUCAAGUAUCAUGUCCUCAGGUCAUAUUACUGUAUAUUAUAACAGUAUUUUAUUAGCUGUAAAGAUGAAGUGUAUAUAUAUUUAUACCUGAGAAUCAGUACCUCAGUCUUACACUCAUUCAAAAUCAAAAUUGUAUUUAUAUUAAGAUUAGGUCUUUUUUGCAAGUCUCAUCUGACAGGAAAACACCUGCUGUAUGAACUGUAGGGGUUGACUGUAAAUAUCUUGAAUGAUGGUGAUGAAAAACAUUUUUUGGUUAUGCAACAAUGGCAGAUUUUUAGAAGUAGCGUGUCUUUUGAGCCAUUAAUCAAAUGCUGGAUAAAUUAUGAAUUAAUAAACAGCUUUACAUCAAACUUGACACAUUUUCUGAGACCAAGAUAUUAUGUGGAUAAUAAUACUUAAGUUUUCUUGUUUGAUUUAGUUCAGCGAUUAUUUAUAUAAUGCAAUAUACUCAAUUUUGUCUUGUAUAUAAAGAUUAAAUGUAACCCUUAUUGUAUUGUCCCAGGUGUAAUGAUAUUGAUUGUUUAAUGCAAGGCACAUGAACAUGUUCAUAACAUGUUUAUUUUUCUGAGCCUCAUAAAACUAGCGAGACUUGGGUUCAUGAAAACGAUUGUUGUGGUGGUGAAAAUGCAUUAAUGAACAUAGAGAUGAUAACCUGCAUCAAUAUUGACAUCACUCCAGAUCAGUCUCUUCAGGUAAUACAAUACAUUUUUUUCUAAUGUUGGUUUGCACAGCUGUGUGUUUAGUGACGGCAUUAGAAAAGGUGCAGAGAUGCCUUUAAAAUGUUAAACCUCUGGAAAAUUGUUCUGAUCAAUGUCCUAUCUUGACAGCUUCUUCUGUUUGAACUGAAGAAAUGUAGAGCUGAAACUGUGUGUUAACAGGUUGGCUAAAUAAACAAAAAUAACAGCCCAAACCUUUUGAUAAAUGAUAAUGAUGUUCAUUUAUAAAAUAACUGGCUGAUUAAUGGAUAAUGAAAAUGAUCUUUA